CCUCCUGCCUCUUUCUCCCUCGCGUCUCUCCCUACGCCCUAGUCUCUCUUUACCUCACCCACGCCGGGUGUAGGAGCCUCUUGACACGUCAGCGGCAGCCAUCGUCGGCGUAGCACGCACGAAACCCUAGCACCAUGGGCGAGCGCCUCACAUACCGCCGCAGGCACCCCUAUGCCACGCGCUCCAACCUCCGCCGCACCGUCCGCACCCCAGGAGGCAAGCUCGUCGUUCAAUACAUCGCCAAGAGAGCCAAUGGCGUCAAGUGCGGCAAGUGCCCGCGCAUCCUGCCUGGUGUCCCCGCGCUCCCCGCGCACAAGCUCACGCGCAACCUGAUGUCGCGCAAGCAGAAGAGCGUCACGCGCAUCUACGGCGGCGCCAUCUGCGGGAAAUGCGUUCGCGAGAGAAUCAUCCGCGCGUUCCUGGUGGAGGAGCAGAAGAUCGUGAAGAAGGUGCUCAAGCUGCAGAAGUCCAAGGAGAAGAUCGCCUCCAAGGUCCCUGCCUAAAAUGAUGCAGAAAAGGCUACCAGGGACACGUUGAAAUGCACCGCCUUAGGCCAGGAUUGUGGUUUGUUGAUGUGGCAGUGUCUGUCUGUUGUCCCUUGGAUGUAUGGUUAGUUACUAAAGCUCACUCCACCAAGCUCUUUCCUGUGCUGCCCGCACUAGAUUACCGGCUCUAGCCUGUGCAAGUUGGAUUUUCAUGCAACUAUGGUAAUCUGAGGUGCACCAUCUGUUAACUUCUGUUCAUGGUAUGUUGUUAUAGGCUAGAUAGGUGCAUGCUCAUAGAGAGUACAUGUUAGAAUGAUAGUAUGAUGCAGAAUGAGAGUACAUGAGAAUGUAGGC